GAUACCCUCUGGAGGUCCCUUCCAGCCCUACGACUCCUAGGAGAGCUGUCAUUUCUCAGAUAAGAUGACAACUGUCAUCCCUCAGAUAAGGAGGAGCCAUACCUUGAGGCACAACAAGUAACAGCUUCAGAAGCCCCAUGCACAUUUAAAACAUAGAUUGCUGCUCUUUGCAGAGAUAUUUUCUUACCAUCACCCUCAAUAUUCCAGUCAGUUAUCAACACCUGCUUCUUCUUGUCUUUUAACUGCAUUUUAACUUUAUUUUACACUGGCUGGUACUCCAGUCCUGUUUCCAAAGAGGUUUUGCUGGGUUUUGGAUUAACUUGCCUUGCAAGAAGUUGCUGUCUUCUAAAGGAGUAGAAAGCGGUCUGGUCUUGGAAACCAAAGGUCUUUAUAAAAGUUGCACCAAAUAUGCUUGUUAGGAUAGUAUUUCUGGAGGCUCUCGAACACGGCAGGAUAUUCUGUUGCAGCAGCAAGGGGCAUGCAUUUUACUGACAGGAUUCUCCCUCUGGCUACAGAUUCCACUCCACUCCUUGUUUUGAGCUAUAGUUAAUACAUAUGUUUAAAAUAAAAUAAUAAUAAAAACCCUUCCCCUCACAGCUGCAAAUUUCCCUUCCAGCUUCUCUGGUUUCAUUCCCAGUUCACAGAAAUAUUAUGUAUAAAAAAGCCAGCAUUUCCUCAAUGUUUUUUCCAUGUGCUCAGAGCUGGUUCUUCACACCACUGCUUCCUGAUAGAAUUGGCUCAGGUGACAACUUUCUUGAGAUUGAAGCAAUUAAAUCUAAUGGAAGUGAGGCCGCCUGCUGUUUCCCGUGGAGAUCAUGAAACGAGGUCGGCUUCCUAGCAGCAGUGAGGAUUCUGAUGACAAUGGCAGCUUGUCCACCUGGUCCCAGCAUUCCAGAUCCCGACAUCGGCGGAGUUCAUGUUCCAGACACGAAGACAGAAAACCUUCUGAGGUGUUCAGAACGGACCUGAUCACUGCCAUGAAGUUACAUGACUCCUACCAGCUGAACCCUGAUGAGUACUACGUGCUGGCAGACCCCUGGAGGCAGGAGUGGGAAAAGGGAGUUCAGGUGCCAGUUAGCCCAGGGACCAUCCCCGAACCUAUAGCCAGAGUUGUGUCCGAGACAAAAGCAGUCACAUUUACACGCCCCCGGAAAUACAUCCUUUCAUCGGGUUCUGAGCCUCCUGAGUUGGGAUACGUUGACAUCCGAACUUUAGCGGACAGCGUAUGUCGCUAUGACCUUAAUGAUGUGGAUGUAGCGUGGUUGGAACUGGCCAAUGAAGAAUUUAAAGAGAUGGGGAUGCCUGAACUGGAUGAAUACACUAUGGAAAGAGUCAUGGAGGAAUUUGAACAGAGAUGCUAUGACAACAUGAACCAUGCUAUUGAGACUGAAGAAGGGCUUGGGAUCGAGUAUGAUGAGGAUGUCGUCUGUGAUGUUUGCCAGUCUCCAGAUGGAGAGGAUGGCAAUGAAAUGGUGUUUUGUGACAAAUGCAAUAUCUGUGUACACCAGGCAUGUUAUGGAAUCCUGAAGGUGCCAGAAGGCAGCUGGCUGUGCCGGACCUGCGCACUUGGUGUUCAGCCAAAGUGUUUACUGUGUCCCAAGAAAGGUGGAGCUAUGAAGCCAACUCGAAGUGGGACUAAGUGGGUCCAUGUUAGCUGCGCUCUGUGGAUACCAGAGGUGAGUAUUGGGAGCCCAGAAAAAAUGGAGCCCAUAACAAAGAUCUCUCAUAUUCCCAGCAGUCGAUGGGCAUUAGUGUGCAGCCUCUGCAAUGAGAAGAUGGGAGCGUGCAUACAGUGUUCAGUGAAAAACUGCCGGACAGCAUUUCAUGUCACCUGUGCAUUUGACCGUGGCUUGGAGAUGAAGACCAUCCUGGCGGAGAAUGAUGAGGUCAAGUUCAAGUCCUACUGCCCCAAGCACAGCUCCACCAAGAAACCGGAGGAUGAAAACUUCAGUGAAAGCACCAGCCAGGAGAAUGAGAAUGGGAUACGGGACAGCUCUCCUCCUACCCACCUGGAGCCCUUUCACAGCAUUGAGACAAACCAGGAGGAGGCCCACAGGGUCAGCGUCCGCAAGCAGAAGCUCCAGCAGCUAGAGGAUGAAUUCUACACAUUUGUUGACUUCUUGGAAGUGGCCACGGUCCUGCGGCUGCCCGAGGAGUCUGUGGAGUUUAUGUACCAGUACUGGAAGCUCAAGAGAAAAGCAAAUUUCAACAAGCCCUUGAUAACCCCAAAGAAAGAUGAAGAGGAUAAUCUAGCCAAGCGGGAGCAGGAUGUUCUGUUCAGGAGGCUACAACUCUUCACACAUCUCCGGCAGGACCUGGAAAGGGUUCGUAAUCUGACUUACAUGGUGACCCGAAGGGAAAAGAUUAAAAGAUCUGUUUGCAAAGUGCAAGAACAGAUAUUCAAUUUCUACGCAAAGCUUGUGGAGCAUGAAAGAGUGUCAGGUGUGCCUUCCUCUUCCUCCCGAGUGGAAAACAUGGUUUUGUUCAACAGUCCACCUUUGGGUCCUGAUGCUCCCAAGAUAGAAGAUUUGAAAUGGCACUCUGCUUUCUUCAGGAAGCGAAUGGGCACUUCUCUGAGUCAGUCAUUGAAAAAGUCACAUAAGAGAGACCGAAUAAGGAAUAGCUCUGGGAGUGACAGCAAAUCCCUGCUCAAGCACCCCAGCCAAAGGGAAGGUGUUUCCAAUCCAGGUAGCUUUUUAAAUUUUGAAAAGACCUUUACAGAAGCACGAAUUGUAUCAGCACAACAGAAAAAUGGGAUAGUUAUGCCAGACCACAGGAAAAGAAGAGACAGUCGUUCCCAUUGCGAGGUACUAAAGGAGGAACUGAAGGAAAAGCCUUCGAAACACAACCACAAGCCACUGAGACUCACGGAACUGUCUCAGAGACAGACAGAAAACAAACGGUCUGUGAACCACGCCAGUGGUAGGUCUGCACCCGGCCCGCGGAGGGAUAUAGUGCCUAAAUGCAAUGGAUCCCUCAUCAAAAUAAACUAUAACCAGACUGUAGUUAAAGUGCCUACUACGCCCACGAGCCCGGUGAAAAACUGGGGCGGAUUCCGAAUUCCAAAGAAGGGGGAGAGACAACAGCAGGGAGAGAUCCAGGAGGAGACCUGCCGCCAGAACUCUAACUAUCCGUACUUGGGCAUGGGCAGAGUUUCGCCUAAGGACAGGGCGAAAACCAAACUAAAGACGGACAGCGAGAAUGAUGGGUAUGUCCCUGAUGCUGAAAUGAGUGACUCAGAAACUGAAGUGGCUGAGAAAAAGUGCAGACAGCAAAGACUUAGUCCAAACAGCACUAUCAGCAGGAGGACAGACAUUAUUAGGAGAAGCAUCCUGGCCUCCUGACUGGACAGUAAGAAACAUUGUCAGCGUCAUGGUCAGUAGAGUCACUGCCUGCAAGCCAACUCCACAUUAUUUAUUGGCGUAAGGACGAAGGGGGAAUUCUUAGAGAUGACUGCAGACUGACGAUUUGAUAACCUGUUAUUCCUGAGCUGUAUAAAUUUGUUUACAUGCACUUAAAACUGGUCUCGUCCCCUUCUCCACAUCCAUUUCUGUGAGAAAUUUGAACCUUAUUUGUAAUUUUCUUGAGGAAGCAGAGAAAACGACGUCACUACUAAAAUAGAGCCUGUGAUGGAACACUAAAAGAUUUCACUAAACACUUUGGAAGGGGGUAGUUUCCAUCUGUCCCUAUUUAGCUGAACAGCACUGAUAAGAUUUUGUUUCUCUUCCCUGCCUCCCAAAAAAGCACAAGCUUUUAAUUUAACUAGUGUGUCCUAAAUCAUAUAUGGUUAUUUAACCAUUCUGCACUGCUAAACCCAUUACAAAUAGUCACUUUUCUUGGACUGUGAUAAGUCUUUAAAUCCUAUUUGUUUGCAGAAUGUUUUUGUUGUAUUGAGUGUAUAUGGCAGCUCUAAGCCUUCCAAAACUCCAGUGAGUUCACAUGUAAGUACAUGCAGCAAGUAGUCAGUUUUAACCAUGAGUACUGGAGAAGAACGAAGGGACAGUUGAGAGCUGUAGCUGCCUGCUGAUGCAACGUAACAGUAUGAGAAUACUCAGAUUGAGCCUGGAGAAAACUUCUAAGCUUUUCUGAUCUGGUGUAGUUUCUGUUUCAGUUCUGAUUUCAUCCUGAAAGUAGUUUAUCCGGUUCUGAGAAGAGGGACAGGUUUAUGGCCUCAUGUACCUUGUGGAACAAUCCACGAAGCAGCUUUAGCGUUAAUCACGUGUCCUGAAAUCAUGACAAUUCAAGUGGGAAUGAUAAUUUUAAGGCACUAGUCAGCAGGAUUUCCCAAAGAACCACUUAUGCACUAAUGGUUUGUAUUGGGAAAUCCAGGCUUCUGACACUAAAGGUUACUUUAAAAAUGGACAUAGGAAUAUAUAUUUUUAAAUAGAAUAAAAUGAAAAGGCAAUACAUUUGUGAUUAGCUCUUUACAUUCAACCAAGAAAAUAAAAUAAUUUCAUUCUAUUCUGGAUUAGAUUUGAUGGAAGAGGGAGCUCACGUUCUGAUUACGUACCUUUUUUUAAAAGAAUAGUUGCAAAUGGCAAUAACUAGUGAGUAAGCUAUCAGCAAUAAUAACAUUAACAGUUCUUGAAGAGACUGUUUUGUUCUUGCAUUGAGUAGAGUGCAUAUGUAUUAUAACAAUGGUUAGUUAUAGGAGCCUGUGAUUUUUGGAAUUCCGUAUAGAUGCAAGUCAGGCAUGAACAAGAUAAAAGGAAGUUUAAGCAGUAGCAAUGUGUUACAGAAAUAUGGGCAUAUGGAAGAACACCCAUUUUCCUCCCAAACCUAUUGCUAUCAGUAUUCCUUUACAUAAUGCAUUUUAAUGUUAACCCCUUUCCACUUAGGUGGGGAAGAAUUUUGAUAUUUUAAAUAAAGGAAUAUUAGAACUCUGCCAUUAAGUUCAAGUCUUCCAGAAGAUUCGACACAAAAAGGAUUGAUGUCCUGUCUUGCUAUGCAAGUAUCAAAUAAUUAAACACAUCAACAGAAUUUAUCCCCUGUUACCCCUUUUACUUUUUAAACCUAAAGUAAGUCUUAACCUUUUGACAAUAAGAUAGUCCUGGGAAGGGGAGAUGUUGGUAUGGUGGAGAGGUAUUUUGUUAAAACUUGCUGCUUCUGAGAAACCAGAUUAUCCUCUUCAUUUUGGGUGGAUUAACUCACCAUUGCAUAUAUCAAAUAGGUAACAGUGAACCUAAGUCACACACGUAUUCAAUCUCGGGGUGAGUAAAAAUCAUAAGAGUUCAUUUGAUUAAAAAGCAUAGGCUUUUUCCUGGUCAUAAGGAAAAGAGGGAAGUUGAUUUCCACCGUUGAUUUCACUUUCAAGUACAGCACCAUUUCCAGAUGAGGGCUAAGUUAGUUACUGUAAAGAGCUUGUGAUGUAGGGAAUUGUUUGUCAAGCCAUAGAAAGAAUAAAGUAAAUUUGAUUCUAAGUAAACAUUUAACCUCACACCAUUUUGAAAGAGGUACCCAAUUCAUUUGCACUAUUAUGAAUGCUAGCGUUGUGCAGAAAAAAAAAAUGCCUUAUCUGUUUUGUUCCCCACACAUUUAGGUUAAUAAGCUUUCUAAUGUUCCAAGAUAUGCUGAACCAAAAACAAAACAAAACAAAAAAAGCGCUUUUUCCCAUCCCCCUAAUUGCAAAAUGCUAUAAGGUAAGAUAAUUGCUGUAUGAACAGAAGUAUAAGUUUCAUGCCAUGCUUAGUGCUCAGCAGGAAAGGAGUCAUAAGUACAGCAGUGACAACUCAGACCCAUCCCUUGUGUUUUAUUGGUAUGGAACAUUUGCUAAUAUUUUUUUUAAGCUUUACCUUUCCUUGUGCAGAUUGACCAAGAAAUCUGUUUGAUAAUAAUUGGUGUUUUACGUCAAAAUGUAGGCUAGUUAAACUUUUGUAAAGUUGCCUGGAAUGCCAUUUGUUAGGUUAUAAACACACAAAUCUAAAUGAAGGGUUAUACGUGUCAUGUGUACAAAUAUUAAUUAUUUUAAAAAUUUGAAAAAAAAUGUCAUUACAUUUGUAAAACCUUGUACAGAGGAUUUUUCACUAUGUGCCUAGCUUUGGUGUCCAUUCAGCUAAAAUAAAAAGGUGCAUGAAGAGAAACAGAUAGAAUCAGAAAUUAAAAAGUAUAUGUAGAGAUGACUAUUUUAUAUUACAUGGCCCAAUCCUGUAUUUAUUUUCCCCCUUUUUUGAAGUAUUUAUAAAAACCUAGUUGAAGACAGCUGUAUUUUUUGUUAAAAUAUUUAGUAGAAUUGUGCCUUUUUGUCUGUAUGUGAAUAAAUGCUGUACAUUUUGCAAUACA